AUGGCCACAGCUUUGCCCAGAACCCUUGGUGAAUUGCAGCUUUAUCGCAUCCUGCAGAAAGCCAAUCUCUUGUUCUACUUUGAUGCCUUCAUUCAGCAGGGAGGGGAUGACGUUCAGCAGUUGUGUGAGGCAGGUGAAGAAGAGUUUCUUGAGAUCAUGGCCUUGGUUGGCAUGGCUAGCAAACCUCUUCAUGUCCGAAGGCUUCAGAAAGCUUUGAGAGACUGGGUCACAAAUCCAAGCCUUUUUAACCAGCCUCUCACCUCAUUACCAGUCAGUAGCAUUCCAAUAUAUAAGCUACCUGAAGGAUCGCCAACUUGGUUGGGAAUAUCCUGCAAUAGUUACGAACGGAAUAGUAGUACCCGGGAGCCUCAUGUGAAGAUUCCAAAAUGUGCCGCCACAACGUGUGUUCAGAGUGUGAGUCCUGGCAAAUCUGACGGAGUGGGGAAUUUAGUACCGCAAAACAGUAGCGAACAAAGACUAUGGCAAGGGCACCAUGGAACGGAAAGUGAGCACAGCCUUUCCCCUGCUGAUAUUGGUUCUCCACCCUCACCAAAGGAUAGCACAGAAACUUUGGAUGCAGCUGCAGCUCUGUCAGUCACCGAGUGUGUGGAACGCAUGGUUUCCACUCUCCCCAAAAGUGACUUGAAUGAAGUGAAAGAAAUGCUGAAAAUCAAUAAAAAACUGGCCAAGAUGGUUGGUCAUAUCUUUGAAAUGAAUGAUGAGGACCCUCACAAAGAAGACGAGAUUAGAAAGUACAGUGCAAUAUAUGGCAGGUUUGACUCGAAGAGAAAAGAUGGGAAACAUCUCACCCUUCAUGAGCUCACAGUAAAUGAAGCAGCUGCUCAGUUAUGUGUCAAGGAUAAUGCACUGUUAACCCGGAGGGAUGAACUUUUUGCUCUGGCACGGCAGAUCUCUCGAGAAGUUACAUACAAGUACACUUACCGGACUACCAAGUCUAAAUGUGGAGAAAGGGAUGAAUUGUCACCAAAGAGAAUUAAGAUAGAGAAGCUGGUCCUUUGUUACAUAUACAAAUAG